UGCCGGCAUAUAAAACCGGAGGAAAGCCGCUUAUAACUGGACACCAUUGUCAGCGUUGGUGUGUUCAGUUGUGGUCUGUAGAGAGGACUGUCUUUCCCAAAGAAAAUCGACGUAAGGUGAAUACAAUCAUGCCUUUCAGCAACACUCACAAUAUGAUGAAGAUGAACUACUCCGCGGAGCAGGAGUACCCCGACCUCAGCCAGCAUAACAAUCACAUGGCGAAGGUGUUGACCCCAGAGAUGUAUGCAAACCUCCGCGACAAACAAACCCCAAGUGGAUUUACGCUGGAUGAUGUCAUUCAAACUGGGGUUGAUAACCCAGGUCACCCCUUCAUCAUGACUGUCGGAUGUGUUGCCGGCGAUGAGGAGACGUACGAAGUCUUCAAAGACCUGCUGGACCCAGUCAUCGAGGAUCGCCACGGAGGAUACAAGCCCACAGACACACACAAGACCGACCUGAACCCAGACAACCUCCAGGGCGGUGACGACCUGGACCCCAACUACGUGCUGAGCUCCCGAGUGAGGACCGGACGCAGCAUCAAGGGCUUCUGCUUGCCCCCCCACUGCAGCCGCGGAGAGCGACGAGGCAUCGAGAACCUCUCUAUCGACGCCCUGAGCUCUCUGGACGGAGACUUGAAGGGAAAGUACUACGCCCUGCGCAACAUGACGGAGGAGGAGCAGCAGCAGCUCAUCGAUGACCACUUCCUGUUCGACAAACCAGUGUCCCCGCUGCUGUUGGCCUCCGGCAUGGGCCGCGACUGGCCCGACGCCAGGGGCAUCUGGCACAACGACACCAAAACGUUCCUGGUGUGGGUGAACGAGGAGGACCACUUGCGCGUCAUCUCCAUGCAGAAGGGUGGCAACAUGAAGGAAGUCUUCCAUCGCUUCUGCGAAGGCCUCACAAAGAUCGAGUCCUUAUUCAAGGACAAGGGUCACUCAUUCAUGUGGAACGAGCACCUGGGCUACGUGCUGACGUGCCCCUCCAACCUGGGCACGGGGCUGCGUGGCGGCGUCCACGUCAAGCUGCCCAACGUUAGCAAGCACGAGAAGUUCGGAGAGAUCCUCAAGAGGCUCAGGCUCCAGAAACGCGGAACAGGUGGUGUGGACACGGCAGCGGUAGGCGGCGUGUUCGACAUCUCCAACGCCGACCGCCUGGGCUUCUCCGAGGUGGAGCUGGUGCAGAUGGUCGUGGACGGCGUCAAGCUUCUGGUCGACAUGGAGAAGCGCCUGGAGAACGGCGAGUCAAUCGACGACCUCAUGCCCGACCAGAAGUAAAGGAAAACUGAAGCGAAACGCCUCCCUUCGUGUGUGCGUGCCGUGCGCGUGUGUCCGUCCAAGCUCCCCUUUGACCUUGUCACCCACUCCCAAUAUGACCUUCACCAACCCUCUGCUCCCCCCACCCGUCCUUCUCAAGUACCAAUAAUCUUAACUACAUCAAGGAAAACACUCUCCGCCCGUGCGAGUUAGUGGCACUAAAGUUAGCUGAGCCUUCCAUCAGUGAUGAAGGAUUUUGUAUCUCAAAACAUCUCGCAGUGUUGACGAUGGAUCUUAACACCUGAAAUAAAACCUGUCUGGCCUCUCUGGAA